CACUGUCUAACAAGCAGUCGAGCCGAGUAGACGUGCAACCAAAAAGACAGUCAGUAUUGAAUCGUGGGGCGGUCGCCGAGGGUUUAUCUUAAGCAAAUUAUGUAUUAAUUAGAUGAAGACUCGUCCGUCAUUCAAAACGCUUAGUGCAUUCAAGAAACCAUGAAGUGGUUGUUGUUUCUGAUAACAAUUGCCAUUUGGCAAUGCACACAAGUAACAGGCAAUUCUGUGAGUCAACGGAAAAGUCGGACACCUUUAUCGGCAUGGUUUCCGUUUGAAUAUACGUUUUUACCGAACCGUGAUGCACAAAAAUUAAAUACUUUUUCGUCGAUUAAUACAAACAAUUCUAUGAGUCAACGGAAACCUCGGUCACCGAUAAAUCCAUUGUUUCCAAUUGAAUAUCCGUCCUCGCGGUACCGUGAUAAAGUCCCAAAAAAAGUAUAUCCAUUUUUACCGUUUUAUAGAGGCUUCCGGAGAGCAACAAGGAAGAAACCAGAACAUGCAACUAAAGGUAAAAGUAACGACAAAGAAAGGGAACCUACGAGCCACAUACAAAAAAAGGAAAACGAUACUGAGAUAAUGGAUGUAAAGAGAGAAGACUAUCAUGUAAAUGAUAAAGUAUGGGAAAAUUAUGUGAACCAUGUAAAAGAAUUGCAAGCAUAUUUGAAAGAAAAAGAAGAAGAGUAUAGGAGAUUAGAAGACAAUAACAGAACAAGUCUGGGUGAAUUAGUGAUUCGCGCAGUGCUUCUUGGGUAUUAGCGGGUUACAGGAUAAGAUUCUUUAUCUGUUUCUUAAUCUUUAGCAGUAAUUAAUUAUCUUUACGAUUGUUUAUACACCUUGAAAAUUGUAUCGUUUAUUCGAUGUGUUUUCGGAGAAAGUAAUAAAUUUUUAUUUUAUCAGUAAG